CGCCGAGCUGGCGUCACCAGGACAACGGGCGUCGCCGGCGCGGUGUGACUUCAGGCUGUGGGCGCGCUCGCGGCCAUGGUUUUCUCAAAUAAUGAUGACGGCCUCAUCAACAAAAAGUUACCCAAGGAGCUCCUCUUAAGAAUAUUCUCCUUCUUGGACAUCGUAACUCUAUGCCGAUGUGCACAGAUUUCCAAGGCCUGGAACAUCUUAGCCCUGGAUGGCAGCAACUGGCAGCGAGUGGAUCUUUUUAACUUUCAAACAGAUGUAGAGGGCCGAGUGGUGGAAAACAUCUCCAAGAGGUGCGGUGGCUUCCUCAGAAAGCUCAGCCUGCGGGGCUGCAUCGGUGUCGGGGACUCCUCCUUGAAGACCUUUGCACAGAACUGCCGAAACAUUGAGCAUUUAAACCUCAAUGGCUGCACAAAAAUCACUGACAGCACGUGUUACAGCCUUAGCAGGUUCUGUUCCAAGCUGAAACAUCUGGAUCUCACGUCCUGUGUGUCUGUUACCAACAGCUCCUUAAAGGGCAUCAGCGAGGGCUGCAGGAGCCUGGAGUAUCUGAACCUCUCCUGGUGUGACCAGAUUACUAAGGAAGGCAUUGAGGCGCUGGUGCAGGGGUGCCGGGGCCUGAAAGCUCUGCUCCUGAGGGGCUGUACCCAGUUAGAGGAUGAAGCUCUAAACCACAUCCAGAACCACUGCCACGAGCUCGUGAGCCUCAACCUGCAGUCUUGCUCCCGCAUCACUGAUGACGGUGUGGUGCAGAUCUGCAGGGGCUGCCACCGGCUCCAGGCUCUGUGCCUCUCGGGUUGUAGCAACCUAACAGAUGCGUCCCUCACAGCCUUGGGCCUGAACUGCCCCAGACUACAAGUUCUGGAGGCUGCCCGAUGCUCUCACCUGACCGAUGCGGGCUUUACGCUGCUAGCUCGGAACUGCCAUGACCUGGAAAAGAUGGACCUUGAAGAAUGCGUGCUGAUCACCGACAGCACCCUCAUCCAGCUCUCCACGCACUGUCCCAAGCUGCAAGCCCUGAGCUUGUCCCACUGUGAGCUCAUCACGGAUGAAGGCAUCCUCCACCUGAGCAGCAGCACCUGUGGGCAUGAGAGACUCCGGGUCCUGGAGCUGGACAACUGCCUUCUGGUCACGGACGCCUCGCUGGAGCACCUGGAGAACUGCCGGGUCUUGGAGCGACUGGAGCUGUAUGACUGCCAGCAGGUCACUCGUGCGGGCAUCAAGCGCAUGCGGGCUCAGCUUCCUCAUGUCAAAGUCCAUGCCUACUUUGCUCCAGUCACACCUCCACCGGCAGUGGCAGGAAGUGGACAUCGACUGUGCAGGUGCUGUGUCAUACUCUGAUAGCAGCUGCUUAUGCCAUGGGCCCUGGCUGUUCCAUCAUCACCCAAUCUCGACUCCAUGGUGAAAGCAUUACAGGUAAAGACUUCGGAACAGAUUACAGUAACUGGUGAUGCUGUUCACCUUAACAUUGCCAGGAUACAAGCAAACCCAGGCCUGUGCCAUCCACAGCAAGAGUGGUGUAGUGUGACCUGGAGCCGGGCAGAGGUGGGUACCUAGUUAUGAGCCCCACCUGGCUUUGU